CGCUCGAAUGCGUCGACGACUCACGUGAGGCGAUGGUGGAAGGUUUGAAAUCUGAAUGCGAUCCGUUCCUUCGUUUGGAAUGUGCCUGCCAUCAGGAGGAGCAUCUGCUGUCCCAGAAAAGAGAGUCUACAACACGUGCACAAUUUAUAGAGAUAGGGAGUGGGCCCUUGAUUGGGUGGGGGGGCUACACGAGGCGGGAUGUGGGGCCGCUGUGUUUCUGAAGAACGCCUCGGGUGACAACUGGUUCUGUGUUGGAGGGAUUAUUAAAUCCGAGGAUGAGAGGGUGGACGGGCACGGACGGAAGUUCAGGAGAUUUUUUCUCACGACGGUGUUCGACGAACAAGGAGUGGACCAUGCGAAGGCCGACCGUAAAGUAAGCCUCGAUUACAAUCUGUUCAAGGGGUAUGGCGGUAAGGCUAUUACCAUGAAAGCCUUCGAUGUGUCCCCGAAAGAAGACGGGAGUGUGUUGACGAUGCUUGGCCCCGUUAAAUUCCUCGCCAAAAUGAACGGCUACAGAAGAUCCGGAAGCAGUCCCACUGUUGAGGCCGGCCAUCGUAUGUCCCCGACAUUCGUGCCUUUUGACACGCCAGACGAGGAUCUUCCUGGUGUAGCAAGGAUAGAGAGACAGAGGACGCCACAUAGUUUUUCAACGCAGCAGACGUCAACGAGUGGGGGCCGGCGCCGCAACAAACAGAGUCAGCCGCGUCGUCCACCAGGCGAGGAUGAGCAUGGUCCUCCUGUGGGUUCGUCCGACCGGAUGGAGUGUGUUGGACCGUCUCAACCAUCCAGCCGGCAAGACCAAGGCACUCCUGUCAUCACAUACAAAAGAAAGGCCCUGCCAACUCGUCCCUCUCCCAGUUGCCAGAAGGACGAAGGUGGUGCGUCCAGGAAGGCGGCGCUGCGGGAGAUAAGUGAAGGAUCGGACGAGGAAACGGAGGACGAUUCUAGGGUAUGUGUUGAUCGACAUCCACAGGGUAAUCAUGCCAUCGACGAUGACGAAUGUGGUGUCGAUGAGGACGACGUCGAAGAGGAGAACAACGAGAGGGAGAGAGAGAGAGAGGAUCGUGAGGAAACUAUGCACGACUGCGAGGGUCGGGAGUCUCAACAAUACUAUGAGGAGGACGACGGGGGCGAUGGAGAAAAUGAUCAUGCCUAUCCUGUAGGUGAUGACGAUGGACGGCAAGAGCGGUCGGCUGAUGUGGGGGUCGACGACGCAACAGGAGAGCGGUCGGAGGCCAGUGUCCAGAAAAGGAAGCGACAAUCUUCAACAAGUCCAACGGCGGCGGCGGAUAAGCGCGCUGCGAAGAAACUCACUGUCGCUGCAUCUCGACAGGCGCUCAAAGCUUCUCAAGAGGCGGUCGCUAAAAGCCUGAAGAAACGAAAAGGGUCCGCGUCGACAAGGGCGACAAAAGCGGAGAAACGUCCAGCGAAAAGAAAGCAGAUGGUGGAUGAGGGUGACUCUGGAGAGGAUGCCGAAGGGGUUCCUCCAAGAGAUGUCUCGGAACAGACACAACCUUCCGCGGACACCCGUGAUGAAGCCAUCGACACAACACGGUGCUUCUUCUUGGAGUUCGAUGAAGAUGGGUUUGCAAAGAAGAAAAGGGAACACAUUGAAGUGGACGUCACGAAGAUCUUGCCAAUCCCUGAAGGUGACAUCCUCUUCAACCAUAGAACGUUGGUCGAAACAUUCUUGCAGUCCAUAUAUGAUGCGAUCCAUCAUGCGGCCAAGGAAACCAAUGGGAAGUGGGAUUUCAUGACUUUCAUCCUGACUCCCAUUGUGCCCAACACGGACGGGUCUCAAGGCAGACGCAUCACACCGGACCAAUUCGACGUCGAACUGGCUCAUACAUACAACUGGUAUGCUGUUGCUGGUCAGCACACGGCUGAGGCAAUGAACAGACUCAUUAAAGACAAGUCACCGGCCGAGAAAGUGUAUGGCUUGAGGUCGUACUCUCACAUACGUGUUAUCUACUUUGACGAUGACAGAAAGAGAGGAUAUUCGUACGUCUCGACGUUCGACAACACGAGGGAGGAGCGUUCGAUCCCGAUAUCGUUUUCGUCAUCUGUGCGCCAAAUUAGAACAUUUUGGGAUAAGAGGAAUGGCCGGAUCCGUCCGCCAGGGACCUGUCCCCGAAUGACGUUGAGGGAAUGAAAUAGAAAAAGAAAUGGGAAGAGUUCAUGAACGCCUCCUGCAAAAUGACACCUGAUUCCGGUCUCAUGAACUCGUCCCUGGAGAACG